AGGUGGAAUGCUGUGCCGACGAUUCCACCAUCUGACGGCACACAGAAAAAAGCAAGAGCCAAAGUCCGGAAAAAGUCAACCAACGAUCACCUCCACGCAACCAGCCUUGAUGCACUGACCGAAUCGCAAAGGAGAGCAUUGCCUGAGGUCACGCCAGGGCAAGACAGCGCAGUGGAGUCCUCAACAGCAGUACUCGAUAUCCAAGCUGCACCCGAGGAAUCUGCAUCUACGAGCCCUGCGGCAGCCAGUGAAGGGCAGAGCACGUCUUCCCUUGGAACGCCAGUACAGUUGUCAAUGGUGGAAACAGAAAUCUCAACUACGACUGAGGAAACUAGUUCAUUCUUGGACUUGGAAAAUGAGACGUGUCCCCAAACGGCCAAGGUGGAAGACAUGGAACUGUCUGCAGCGAGCGCAAACGCAGUGCCCUCGGAUGACUCUGUGAGAAGUGAGCAACAGCAUAAGGUUCCAGGCGCGUGCGAAACUCUUGAAAAGGAAGCACCAUGCAGUGGACAUCUGUGUGUGCACCAGACUACUAUUGUAGAAUUGCAGCGCAAGCUAAAUCUACAGCAGAAGAAGAUAAGGAAGCUGGAAAAGGAGUUGGAGGCUCUUCUAGGCAGUAAACAUGGGCAUCUUGCUCCCGACCAAGUGCUCUGUGUUCGGAACGCUGACAAGCGUGGCAACAGGUGGAGCAACCAAACAGUGCAAAAGGCUCUGCAGAUGAGGCUGACGUGUGGUAGUAGGGGGUACGAGCUCCUCAAGGAUGAGGCUCUUCCUCUGCCAUCUGAACGGACACUGCAGAGACGCAUCGAGGUGGUGAAAUUUGAGCCAGGAAUUCUCGAGGAGAUCCUUCCGGCACUCAAGUCUAAGCUGGAAACCAUGCGACCGGAGGAGAGACAUUGCGCCCUCUUGGUGGAUGAGAUGCAGGUUACUGCUGGGUUGGAUUUUGACCCAACAGUAAAGAAACCAAUUGGCCUGGUAACCGUUCCACUUGCAAAACCUGCCCGCUCGGGUGACUUGAACUUCGCUACACACGGCCUGGUCAUCAUGCUCACUGGGCUCUCCUCUCGUUGGAAGCAGGUUGUUGCUUACCACCUGACAGGGGAUUCAGUUCAUGGGUCGUUCUUGAAGGAGCUAAUCUUUUCUGUGAUUAGAAAGUGCGAAGAAGCCGGCUGUCGUGUGGACGCAGUAAUUUCCGACAUGGGACCGAGCAGCAAAGCCCUUUGGAACCGCUGUGGGAUCUCUGCAACCCGGACAACAGCACCUGUAGUCUCCUGCCUCCACCCAUGCGCAGCCGACACCAACCGACAACUGUUCUUCUUGGCUGAUGCACCACAUGUUCUGAAGAACAUCAGAGGUCAUCUGGUGAGAGGACAGUCGUUCUUUUUGCCAGGCGACACUGUCGCCAAAUACAAUCUCCCAACGAACGAAGUGUCGGUGGAGCACAUCAAAGCACUGGCCGAAAUUGAUGCUGCGAGGGACCUCAAGCUGGCACCUCACCUCAAGAGUAGCUACUUGGACCCUAGCCACUUUGAAAAGAUGAAUGUGGCAUCAGCGGUAGCCGUGCUAAACCACAGUGUUGGGGCCGCAAUGCGGGUGCUUGUCUGUUUGGGACUCCUUCCACCGGAGGCCCUCACAACUGCCUGGUUUGUUGAGCAGGUCUUCCAUUGGUUCUCUCUAAUGACCUCGCGGGGAAUUAGUAUGGGAAUGAGCCUGCUCAAGCAAACCUCUCAUGACGAGGCAGUUACUUUCUUAGAGGAGUUUAUAAGGUUCUUCUCGCGCUUGUCGAUAAGGAAAAAAAACCAAGGCGCAUGCUUCAAACCUGUGCAGGCAGGAGUGUUGAUCUCAACAACAAGUGCAUUGUGCAUUCAGCAUGAGUUACUCAAUGAGCACAAAUUUAAGUUUGUUUUGCUUGGCCGGUUCACACAGGAUGCUCUCGAGAACCUGUUUUCCUGCGUCCGAUCGAAGAAUCCAGUGCCAAGGGCCCUGGAAUUUAAGCUCACUCUACGGCUCAUAAUGUUGUCUCAGUUUUUCAAGCCUAGCCGCAAAGGUAACUACGCAAUAGAUGACAGUUCUGACUUGCUCGAGUUUGUCGAAAUCAAGAAAGCUGCGUCAGAAAAAAACCUCGAACACGCAUUGGAUGACUCCUUGGCAGAGUACAACUUCCUGGAGAAUGAAGCUGCGGGUCUUGACGAUGUGGAGAUGGAGUCUCUUGUUUAUGUCUCCGGCUACAUCACUCGUAGUGUGACCAAGAAAUUCAAGCUGUGUCGUACAUGCAAGGAUUACUUAAAAACUGAUCCAAUGGAAGAAAACGACCAUCUUCUGAACAUGAAAUCCUAUAGGUCACAAUCUAAGCCAAACCCCCUGGUCCGCCCCUCUCGCCACGUUUUCAGUUUGUUCGAACAUGCAGACAAGGUCUUUCGUAAUUAUGAACAAAAUGUGCUCGACAUUUCUCUGGCGUUUCUGACCAAGGCCACACUAGAGUCCCACCAACUCCCGGGGGACUUUCCUAACUGUCACGACCUCAAACAGCGUUUGACAACAGCUUUCUUAAUGCUUCGGUUAAGAAUCACGCUUCGAAAGCUGAGCAGCAGGGCCAAGAUGGUGAAAUCAAAAUGUGGAUCAAAAAGUGUUGGGAUGAGGGCAGCUGUGUCCCAGAUUCGCUGAGCACCAUAAAAUCAACAUGAUUAUUGUCUUUUGACAUAGAAGGUAUAACAGCUUCGAAAAACAAACUACAAAAGAAACACGAGCGACAUGACGAAAGCUGUUGGGUAUCACUUUUGAUCCUGUCGCUUGGGUUUCUUUUGCUGUCCUUGGCUUUUGAAGCUGUUAUACCUACCAUGCCAAACUACUACCGUCUCAUGAUUCUUUUUUUACCUAAUUUAAGUCAGAAUAGGCUUGUUUAUGUAUAAUUGUUUUAUUUAUUUGUAAGGGUUUGUUCUUGUAUAAAUGUUUGAUUUAUUUGUAGGGGUUUGUCUUUGUAUAAAUGUCUUGUUUAUUUGUAAGGGUUUGUUUUUGUAUGAAUGUCUUAUUUAUUUGCAAGGGUUUGUUUUUGUAUAAAUAUUUUGUUUCAUAGUACAGCAAAGUUAACCACUUUUGAAACAUUUAACUUUUUUUCAUGCCUCGUUACGAGACAAAAAUGCCCAUCUUUUUUUUUCAAUUCGUCUCCGAAAUAGUUGUCUAUAUUGCUGGGAAUCUAUUAUUGGGUACAAAAUUAAAGAGAGAAUACUGGACAGCCCGUCUGCUUUUACAUAUCACAUUCCUUGUGAUUAAG